UUCGCUUGCAAAUGUAUUUCUUGUGUCGCUUGCUGCUCAUGAAUGCACCAGAAGUUUCUUGUUCAUAUUAGAGUGUUACAGUAUCAAGUCACAAUCCACAAGAUGUUCUUUAUUCCGCCAUCAGAUUUUUCCUCUGGUCAUUCUGCAAUAAUUUGUUAACUGGGUCCUCUUCAGCUUUAUUUGUUAUUUGAUUAUAUACUUGAUACCUAAUAAGUAAGAAAUUUCGGACCAAAAAAGCUUAAACUUCUAUAGGUUGAUUUCCGCUGUUGUUAUUCUGGGAUUUGAAGACCUAUUUUUGAGCGCUCGCGGCGCUCGUCUAUCAUCCGAGGGUUCCCAACCACUGUUUGAAUUCUCAAUGUUUCUUCAAAGUCCUGUUCGCUUAGUACUAUUCCUACGAGUGUUUCAAUACUUAAUUUUAUAAUUCGUAUUUGUAUUCAUGGAUUGCACACAGUUGCUCUGCUUGCUGUUUCUGAGUAUUUAAACAAAUCCAAGUUGGUCGCUUAAAUGGGAAUGGAACGCAGUGUAUAUUUGGCUACUCUAAGUCGAAGUCUUUGGCAUAGGUUUCGAACUUUAUCUCAGAUGAGUUGGCCUCUAGCCUCUGAUAUCAGUCUAUCAAUUGCUGCCCUUGUAAGUAUCAUUGGUGCAGUAUUGGCAGUGAGAGAUGGCAAAAUGGGGAUACCAACUAGCUUCCCAUGGUCGUUUGGUGGAGAGAAUCGAUCGGAGAAGUCGUUCUUCGUGCCAGGGCUACAAAACCUUGGGAAUAAUUGUUUCCUUAAUGUUGUUUUACAGACUUUGGCCAGCUGCUCUUGCUUCCAGACGUUUCUUAAUAGCUUGGUCCAAGAAUCUGGAAUUAAGGACUUGACAGUACGGAUGCCUCUUACACUUGCCUUGGCUAGUUUAUUAGAAGAAUUGAGCUUUGUUAGUGCAGAAAAGGUUAUAUUGAGCCCACAAAAGGUGAUGCUUGCCAUGUCAGAUUACAUUCCAAACUUUAAUCUCACAAGCCAGCAGGAUGCUGCUGAAGCAUUUCAUCAUCUGUUAUGCUCUCUGAGAGAAGAGUUUGAAUAUUCUUAUGCUUCAGAAGAGAGUUCUUUAGCAGACAGUUUUGCUUCUAAUCGUAGAAUUCUUGCUCCAAUACAGAGGGUCGGGCAGACAGAAUUGGAAAGAUGGCAACAGCUGUUUCUUGGGCCAUUUGAUGGGAUUCUUGGUAGCACUUUAACCUGUCGAAGCUGUUCAUCCCAGAUCUCGUUGAGUUUUGAAUCUUUUGACUGUUUGCCACUUUCAACAGCGCUUACUGGUGGUUUCACCAUUCCAUUUGGUCGUACGCUGGUGGAUUGCCUGAAGCAGUUCAUAGUUGCUGAACAUGUUGAGAACUAUAACUGCAGCCACUGUUGGCAUAAUGCUGCAAUCAAGUAUCUAUCUUUAAUGGAAGGGAAUGAGACGGAAAUUGACAAGCUCAAUAGAUGUUCUAAAGAAGAAUUCUGCAACUGCCGAAAGCUUAAUGAUCUUGAAAAGCUACCUUGGUCAAAUAGGUUUUCACAUACUCUGAAGCAACUAAGCAUUGCUCGGUGUCCAAGGAUUCUAUGCAUCCAAUUGAAAAGAGUUUCUAUGAACAUUUUUGGAGAACCAGCCAAACUGCAGGGCCAUAUUUCUUUUCCAUUGAUCUUGGAUUUGUUCCCAUUCACAACAAGCAAGCUAGGAAUAAAGAUAAAGGAGGCAGAUACACAAACACUGCCAACUACACUGCAAGCUAAUGGAAGUAAUCCCAUGUCAAGUCAAUACAUCCAUGGAUCUGACAGAAGUAUGUUAAAGCUAAAUGACAUUUAUGGACCAAGGAGAGGACAUACAAAUUCAACGAAUCACAUAGAUAAUGGAUUUGUCUCCCCUGAUAAUGGACAGACACUUCUUGGUGACACCAUGUUUCUCUGCAACGAAGGCCCCUCAGAAACCAGUCAUAGAAACACACGUACUCAGUACACUGACAAGGUGGCUGUAUCUAAUGAUUCAGUUGCUGAAGAAACAUGUUUGUACCGACUAAUAUCUGUUGUGGAACACUAUGGAAAAGCUGGUAGCGGGCAUUAUACUGUUUAUAGGCGAGCAAGGAUGGAAUCAUCAAAUUCUUCUGAUGACGAGUUCAAUCAGGAUCAGACUCCUCCAAUCCAGUGGUAUUGCGUUUCAGAUUCUGAAGUACAUUCUGUUUCAGAGGAAACUGUUCUUUCCGCAGAAGCUAGCUUGCUUUUCUAUGAGAAAAUUGCAGAGGAGUGAAAAGGAAUAUACAAUCAACAUAACCAAGGAAGAGUGGGUCUCAUCUCAUCGUAGCCGCUGGACCAGAACAAGCUAUUAAAGAUGCCAAAAGUGGACUGAAGGUGCUAAUCGUGAAUGAUACAAAUGACAAUAACUCAGAAGAACUGGACCAGUCAACACAUUAGUUGCUGCAGCGAAGAAUACAAGUUCUGUUAACCCUUCUUUAAAAUAGGAGAAACAAGCUCUUGGGAGACAAACUUAUCUUAGGCCUUUGUGUACUCACCCCAAAAAAAACAAAAAAAAAGCAAAAGAAAAGAAAGAAAUCAUCGAAGUUAGUGUGAGAGUAGAAUCCUAACACUUACAACACCCAUUUUUGAGACUUUUCAUUUGGCUCACGCGUCACAUGUACUUGAGAAAUUUUCCUUAUGGGAAGGUGGUUUUUGGCGAAUUUGAAGUGAUUACUGCACCUGUGAGAAUUAUUUCUGGAGUUACAGGAUCCUAGUGAUAUUGUAUUUUUGAAUCCCCAUAUUGUAUCAUUACUGGGAAUUAGGACUUCGAAUUUGCUGGUGGAAUAGAAUAAAAUCAGUGCCAUUGCAUCAUA